GCGGCAGGAGCUGAGCAGCAGCAGCGAGAAAUGUGUGGGUCUGGACCCCAGGGGCCCGGAUCUGGUGAUCACCUCCAGUCGCGUCGCUAAUGCUCCUAGUGGGGGACAGAGCCAAGGUGACAGUUGUGCGAGAGAUGACGUAAGCAUGGGAACAUGUUGUACCAGGAGGACUGUGUGUGACUAAAAUUAACGAAGUCUGAAGAAACAGUGAAAGUGCAAUCCUUUGCCAGUGGUGGCCCUGGUGCUGCACAGCUUUGCUGGGCAUGGAGGCAGAUGGCUUGAAGUGGCUGGUGGUUCCAAUGCACCAGCUGGUUUCCUGGGGUGCAGCUGGUGCAAUGGUAUUUGGAGGUGUGGUGCCAUAUAUCCCCCAGUACAGAGACAUCAAAAGAACACAGAAUGCAGAGGGCUUUUCAACCUACGUGUGUCUAGUAUUAUUAGUAGCAAAUAUUUUGAGAAUACUCUUUUGGUUUGGAAGGCAUUUUGAGUCCCCUCUUCUGUGGCAAAGCAUUAUCAUGAUCAUUACCAUGUUACUGAUGCUGAAACUAUGCACUGAAGUACGUGUGUCAAAUGAACUGAACAUAAAACGUCGCUCCUUUUCAGCUGCAGAUAGUAAAGAUGAAGAAUUCAAAGCACCUCCCAAGAGAUCCUAUCUGGAUUUUGACUUGAACUAUUUUUGGCACUGGAGCAAGUUUACAGACUACGUGCAGUGUGUUCUGACUUUCACGGGGGUGACAGGAUACAUUACUUACCUCUCUCUUGACUCAUUUCUCUUUGUGGAAACACUGGGCUUCCUUGCUGUGUUCACUGAGGCCAUGUUAGGCGUACCACAGCUUUACCGUAACUACCAGAACAGGUCGACAGAAGGAAUGAGUGUCAAGAUGGUGCUGAUGUGGACCAGUGGUGAUACCUUCAAGACUUUUUACUUUAUUCUGAACCAGGCUCCUUUCCAGUUCUCCAUAUGCGGUCUCCUCCAGGUGUUUGUGGACAUGGCCAUCCUCCUACAGGUUUACUUCUACAGUUAUUACCCUCAGAAGCCAGCAUCACACACUACACACCCAGCCAGUACAAAGGCGCUCUGAAGCACAGUGGUGACGGUUACAGGUCAACAGUGUUUUGAAGCCUGCUUGUGCAGCUUUUCUGCUUGUAAAUACUCUUUUGAUGAGUUGAAAACAGAAGAGAGAAGAAUGCUCGCAAAUAUAAGAAGUUUUUUUUUUAAAUGGUUUGCCUCUGGCUUCAGAUUCAUUAUAUAGAAUAUGUUUUUUCAGGGGAGGGGGGGUUAGACAGUCUUUAUUUUUUGCAUACAUACCUAUGAGCCUUAUAAAUUCACACGUGAGUGCGCGUGUGUAUGUGUGUACCUACGUACGUAUAAUUGCAAGGGCUGGAUGUUUGUGUUUUUAAUGCUAUUUAAAGAAAUGUUAAACCACAGAGAUGAUAGAAUAUUUUGUCUGACGCUUUUACCUAUUUAUAUAAAGUGUGUACAUUGAAAUUGAGUUUGAAAUAUCAGAGUUAGAGAUUUCAAGUGAUGUAUGAAGACACUGUCAAGGUUUCAAAAAAAGAUGGGUGUAGUGGAGCAGGAAGGUGGAAACAGAGAAAGGGACUGUGAAGGGAAGCCAGUGUAAAAUGGAAAUGUACAGGUUGUGCACAUACUCACACUGCUGGAUCAGUGUGGCAGUGAAUGGAUCAAAGUGAGGGUUAGUUUCAGGGAGGUUAUGGUGUGGAUGAUGUGGUGAAAUCUAAAACAGACAUAGUUUAGUUACCAGGUGGGAUGAAGGAAGAAUUAUGGGGAGGCGGAGAAGAGUCUAACAUAGUAGUCUUGCUUCCUGUACUGGAGUACACAACUGGGCCACUGAUGGUGCAUGACUCAGAGUGGUUUACUGGGGUGCCUACAACAGGGCUGAAGGGGGCAAGUAGAUGGGCAUUGCCAGGCGCACCAGUGAUAAAUUUCUAAGCAGUGGUUGAGAAAUAGGGAAAGUCAGGAAUAAAGUUGUGGCAAUGAAAAUGGGUAAGGUUUGGCAUGGAGAACACUGUGAGAAGUAAAGUAGUAAUCUAGAGAGAAAGGCCUGCUUUCUAAAAAUGUAGUUAGUUGAAUAUUGAGAUUCACAUUAGUAUUACGGAAUGCCAUGUGAGACCUGUCUGUGCACUGGAGUGGUUUGGGGGGUUUUUUUUGGUUAGCCAAAUAGGCAAAUGCUAAAAAGGAAUAGGCAUAAAGAGAAGAAUAAUUCUUUUUCUGCUAUUUAAGAUCUUCCAGACUGUUUACUUUGAGAAAGAUGGGUAAUAGCCAGAAGAGAAAGUGAGAAGGUUGGAGGGGCAUAUCAUGUUAUAUAUAAACUAUAAGUUGUAUAUAAUUGUAUGUUUGCCAAUAUCAGUCAUUGUGCCCUUUCUGAGAACUGGAAUUUCUCUGGCAACACUAAGUGGAAUACAGUUUUAGUGUUCUGUUAUUAAGCCCUUUGGCUUCAGCCAUUUGCCAUAAUGAGCCUUUCUUGACCUGUAGGAGAUGAACGCAGAAUGAUUACAGAGUCUCAAACAGUUUGUGCUGCUGCCUUCUUUAUGAGACUCAUUCUUUCCUGCCAGAUAAACACUGCCUUCCUGCAGAUACUGGUGUUUAGGGCAGCGUGAGCUUUCCACUGAGACAUUUUGGUUUCUAAAAAAGUUCCAGAAAGGAGAAAGGCAACACGUUUGGGAUAGCACCUCAUCUGUUUUCAAUCAGGUAUGCUCACUUAACUUGCUGUAUUUGGCUCUGCCAGGCUUUAGGUAUGGGCCAUCUUUAAUAGAGUUGGAGGUGAUAGUCUUGUGAAGAAGAAAAAAAGCAUGUAGUCACAAUGCAGCAAAUUCUAUCAGGGAUGUUUGUUUUAGGAUAAUUGACACCAAGUUGUCCUUUGCUAUUGUGCUUUAGCUUUCUUUGUUUCUGUAUUCUUGUCAGUCUACAUUAAAUCCCACAGUGGCUGGCUUGACCUCUGGGAGCCCACUCCCUGUGCAUUUUGUGAAGUAGAUGUCCUCUGCUUCUAGGAGCCAAAUCCUGCCUCAGUGGCAAAAUUUUCAUUAUCUUCAGUGGGAUCAGGAUUGGGCUGUGUGGGCGGGGCAUGAGCCAAGCACAGUAUUGUAUGUGCCCCCUGCACACCGGGGGUUCUAUAGAGCAGAUCAUGUCCCAGGAUGGCUGGGGUGGCAAGCGAUGCUGGGUGCAAAGAAGAUUGGCACGUCCCAAAAGUAACAGUUAGGAACCUCUCUGUUGGUAUCUGCAGGGGACUACCUGGGCCGUUGGCAAAUCUCCAUAAAUAAACCAAAACUCAGGAAAGUUUCUCAAUCUGAGGGCCUGGCAUGGAGUGCUACAGUCAAACUCUAACUCCAUACUUUUUGUUUGACACCAUGCUCUUUUAUGCCUGAAGUGACCUUACUAAGACGAUGGAUGUGGCAUGGCAGAUGAUGAAUGUUUUAUUCCUCUCCCUUUCUCAAAUGUUCUGGUGUUACAAGAACAUCUGGGCUUCUCUCUUUUUAAUUAAAAAAUGUCACGACUGUCAUUUCUGGUGUACGCUGCUUCAAUGGGAUUGUAUUUCUACAUGUAUGCAAACACUUUCUGACACGUUUUAAUGGGUUGGUUUUUAAUAACUUGUAGUACUAAGAUUUUUGUACCUGGUGGUCUUUUUUUUUUCUUCUAUUGUUGUAUGAAACAAUAGGGGCGUGGUUGUUAAGUGGCUGCUAAGAAAUAGUUCUGAAGCUCUCUUGGCUUUGUGGUAAAAGUAUUGUUGAAGAUAAAAUGAACUUGUUUUUUUCCUUUCUUGUGUUGGGACUCUUUAGUGUGCAGAUUCUCAACAGUCUGCUGUCACUACCAAAAACAGUAUGCUCUAGGCUCAUGUUUCUUUCAUGCCAGAGCUGCAAAUGCCGGAAGAGAAGCCAGUGGACUAGUGGCUAAAGUCAUUUUCUAUUUAGAGCAUUCAAAAAGCUGGGAUACUUGGCUAGAAACUCUCCUGGACUUUACCUUGAAAAAUGCUUUAAAAGCAACGUUACAGAACUUUUUAUACAUAAGGAAUUAUCUGUAGCAGUGAUCACCUCAGAGAAUGAAAAAAUCAAUGACUUUAAAUAUAUCUUUGUUGAAUGUAUGGCACAUUUUAUGGAGCUCUCAUUCUCUGUCAAUUCCAGUGAUUUAAAAACAAUUAAAUAAAACAUUUAUGCAUAGAUUCAGUGUUUUAUAUUCUGUUCAUAUGUAAGAAAGGAAUUUUAUUAAAGGUUUUUGUAUUGCUUAUCUGGUCUGGGGCCUUGUCCUCAUAAUUGUUCCUACAAAAGGCUACCCGGCUAUGGUUGCUAUAGAAGUAAUCAUGAAGCAUACAAUGUCCUAAGAUUAAAGCCUAGGACUAGGCUUCAGAAUAUCUGGGUUUUAGGGUAUAUAAAAUUAAUUAUUUUGGGGGGCGAGGGAAAAUAAAAAUAAUCAGAUUUUUACAAAAAUUGAAUAGGAUUGUCUGCCUUUGUUUAAAUGAUGAUGAGCUAUCUUUUUAAAAAUAAACCUGUUUAAAAUGAAAAUUGAAUUGAAUACAAAAUAUGUUAAGGCUUGUAAUCUCUUAAAACAUUUAAAUAAAGAAUAAAUAAGCUGAA